CAUACUUGCUCUUUUUCUGCGCGACUACCUCCACUCAGUGGUGAAUCGGCUUUUAAACAGCGGGGCAGCUCUGCGACUUGUUUCCGAGAGGAGCUGCGGAGUUUCUCUGCUGUUCGCGAGCAGCAGCAGCAGUAGUCCGGCCCGUGUCCGUGCUGCCUGAACCGAGAGCGACACACUGACACACUCCGGAGAGUUUAAACGAGCUAAGCUAACCUAGCUCCAUCCAUGGACGCCAGGGACAACAAGUGGAGCAGAACGCAGCGCGAGCGCGCCACCUCGCGUUAGCUGACAACGUGUCCCUUUCAAACUACUUUGCUUCGUGCUCGGAUAAAUAAACUCACUGUGACUGACUCUAGACAUGAGGCUUUAACCAAGAUGUCCGGGUUUACACUGUUUUCAUCGCCAGUCCGCUAACUAUGAACAAAUCCGCUAACUAUUAACUUCUUCCAGGGGGGGGUCGCACGUUUCCAUGACAACCCGUUAACUUAAGGGGCGGCGGCAGGGUCAAAUCUAGCGAAUUCGCGGAAAUGGUUGAGUGGUGAAACGUCACCAGCGAUCACACUUUGAUAUGUUUAAGAACUUGGGACACUGGUUCGGAGUGGAGGGCGAAAAUGGCCGAGGUAAACAAGAAGGCGAGAUUGUUGUUGGAGCCAGUGAAGACAAGAGCAGUCAUGAGAUGAACAAAACAAAGGCUGGGGCUGAAAGUGAGCAUGCCGAGAAACACGCUGACCCUCAUCCACUUCUACAGAAAGCCAAGGGCUUCAGUGGUUACAUCUAUAACUUUGCCAGCAGUGCCUCAAAGAAUCUGUCUGAGUCCGUGGUUGAAACAGCACAGACAUUGAAGAAAAGUGUUGAGGAGGGGAAAAUAAAUGGAAUUAUUGAUAAGACCCUUUUGGGUGAUUUCCAGAAAGAGCAAGAAAAGUUUGUUCAGGAGAAAAAAGCUAAACAGUCUGGUGUUGCUGUGCCACCAUGGGUUGGUUAUAGUGAAGAGGACACUGUACAGCAACAGAUUUUAGCUCUCUCCGCAGACAAAAGACAUUUUUUGCGAGACCCUCCUGCUGGGGUGCAGUUUCACUUUGACUUUGAGCAAAUGUAUCCAGUCGCCAUGGUGAUGCUAAAGGAAGACGAGCUCCUCACAAAGAUGCGCUUCCAUCUGGUCCCCAAACAGGUGAAAGAGGAAGCGUUCUGGAAGAAUUACUUCUACCGUGUGUCUUUGAUAAAACAAUCGGCUCAGCUCACAGCUCUAGCAGCACAACAGGCGGCGGAACGGAGAGAUGAGGAGAAAACUGGCGGCAGUCCUGUGGAUAGUCGUCAAAAGGGUAAAGGGAAAACUCCUCCUGUCAUUUGCAGCACCAAACCAAAGUCCAGUGAGGAUGAAGAGGAGCUCUCCACCAGCCCACCUGUGUCUGAAUUUGUUAGUGAUGCUUUUGACUCAUGCAACAUAAAUAAGGACGACUUGCGCAAAGAGAUGGAACAGCUGGUUCUGGACAAACAGGAACCUCCAAGCACAACACAGGAUGAGACCCCAGACUGGGAAAGAGAGUUGCAGGAGGAACUGAAGGAGUACGACGUGUUGGCUGAUAACGAGAACCAUGACGACAACUGGGACAAAGAGAUUGAGGAUAUGCUAAAGGAGGACAGCUAGAGCACCGGAGCAAGCUCCUCAGUCUUAACUAUCUGAAGGACAUCCUUGAGGUCAGAAACAGCACACGACACUUGAGUUUAUGCUCCUGGUGAAAUCAUUAAUUGCAAUAUUGGUCCUCCAAGAGAAUGAGAAAUACAUCUGAAUGUUGAUAACAUUUUAGAGGCCUGAAUAGUUUUAUGAGUUAUUGAGAUCUUGUCCUGCACCUCAUAUUUAAAAUGUAUGCCUCCAUGGUAAAUAGAACAGUGACAGUAGCACAAGAAGAAGAGUCAUAAAGUCAACAAGCUGACUCAGCAACAUCGGUGUGAAUAGUUUUUAUCUGGCUUUAAAGGAGGGGUUGGUAAUCUGUUGAACACUUUUUAUCUUAUUUUCUUUAACCCGUGAAUAUGUGAAUAUGUCCAGGUAACGCAUGAUUAAAUACAGAAGCCAAUAUGAUAUCACUUUUUCUAUUAGUUUCAUACUUGUGAAUGAGCUUGGGCAUUGUGUAUAUUAUCAAAAUGCUACAAUAUGUGACUGAUCAUUCUGUCUAUGUUUGUUGAGAUCAAAUGUAAUGUCUCCACAUGCACACAUAUAGAUGCUGACAUAAUGUACUCUGGAAACACUCAAGUCCAAACAAGCUUUGUUGUUUUUCUUUCCGUUUUACUUCAAAAAUGACUCAGGAAAAUAGAUCCAUACUCUUCUGUUGUGUUUACACUGAUGCAAACGGUUCCAGAUUUAUUAACUAUUAACUUGUUGUUUUUAAAUACACGUUCUCUUUGUUUUACAUUUGUGAUUGUACCCUGAAUGUGUUUCAAGACAUAAAGCAUAUUAAACCAAA